AUGUAUUUCUUACAAGAAUUCGGGAAGAAGGUAUGUCUUUUUAUCUGAAAACUUUCACCUAAAUCAAACACGUUUUUCUUUUUCCUUUGGACUUUUUCGCUUCUUAAAAACGUUUGCUGGUUUGUGGACACUGAAAGAGGAAGAAGUUCGAGGGAAGACACACCCAAUCGGAUAGAAACAAGAAGAAGAAUAGUAGUAGUUGGCCGGGUGAUUCAUGCUGUGAUCACACCUUUCUUUCCCAAACAUUUCAUCAUCGAAUAGGGAAAAACCUGUAGUAAUUAGUAAUUCGGUUUACGUUUUCGGGUCCCCUAAAAAUUGUUGUCCAGGAUCCGUGAUCACCAAAACGGAAAAGAGAAACUAAUGACCACGACCAUUGACAACGUAAAACAGAGCUUAUCAUAAAACUCUGGACUAUUGUUGCAGAGAGGAAGAGAGAAACAGAGAGAGAGAGAGAGAGAGAGAGAGAGAGAGAACUUGGAAAAGAGUUGCGAAAUAGGGUGUGUCUGAAAUUGGGAUGGCAGAUGUGUAGUCCAAAAGUUCCGAGAAAACAAAGAAAUAAAGAGAAACUUAUCAAAUGGGAACCGGUCCGAAGAAGAGCUGGUCGUGUGAUUACAGUUCUUUUCUUCAUCAAAUGACUAUCAUAUGUAUGAUGAGUGUAUUGGGUGGUUUCAGUUUCAGUCACAACCGAUGUGACAACUGACUUUUCUAUGUCACAGUACUAGUCUGUUCGUUUUCCAUUAGAUUUCGAUAAAUUUUCUUGGAAAAAUGAUAUUUUUCUCUAAACUCUGAAAUUCGAAGUUCACUCAAGUUCACUUCAAAACUUCAUCAAUCUACGCAGUAGCUUUUUAAACGUUUAAAGGACCAGGGAACCCAAAAAUUUUUUUAUUUUUUUGUGAAAUUUUUUUGUGACUGUUUGAAUUAUCUCUUAUUGCCUCAUACACUGGUGAAAUGCUGCGUCUCAAAAAUGCCAAUGAACGAAACGGCAUGCAGUUGAAGUUGUGGCCGUGGCCUAGCGCCAAUGGCCGAAAAAUAUAUAAAAAUAUAUGCGCUUCUCGGCCAUUUUAUUUUUUCCGCUUUUUUACCGGUUUUUUUCCAAAAAUUCACGGUUUCUACCAUUUUUCAGUUGAUUGACAUUUGUUCGGCACUUACUUAUUUUUUCACUGCUAAAAAAUUGUUUUCAUUCAGUCGAUAUGAAGUGCCAAAAUGGGAGAAACCGUGAAUUUUUGGAAAAAAACCGGUAAAAAAGCGGAAAAAAUAAAAUGGCCGAGAAGCGCAUAUAUUUUUAUAUAUUUUUCGGCCAUUGGCGCUAGGCCACGGCCACAACUUCAACUGCAUGCCGUUUCGUUCAUUGGCAUUUUUGAGAAGCAGCAUUUCACCAGUGUAUGAGGCAAUAAGAGACAAUUCAAACAGUCACAAAAACAUUUCACAAAAAAAUAAAAAAAUUUUUGGGUUCCCUGGUCCUUUAAAUUCUUUUUGCGGUAAUACCCUGAUUGACGUGAACUUUUUCCUACUUACCUAUUCGGUCACAUCCGCUCUAUCAGUUUCCGGCCCUGAAUUAGUCAGAACAGCGGUGUGGCUACUGCAUCUGUCUGUCAAACUUAUCAGACCACACCCCUAUUUAGUCAUUUCAUUUCCAAUUCGGCAGCGCAGCAGCAGCAGCAGCCACAUUUCCUCCGUAUGUAUUUAUUUGUAACAAUUUUGUAUUGUGUGCUCCGGAACCGGAAAGCCAGCCUAAACCGGUCAACUUCGAGUGGGGGGGGGGACGAGCAAAAAGCCUUACCCUACUUUUCUUAUCGAGCGCCGUUUUGCACGCCUUGGCACUUAGGGUUAGACUCUAAACCGUUUCGAACACACUCUUAUUCACACGUUUUUGGAACAAUGAAAGUCAAAUCUUCUUAACUUUUUUGUAUGAAGCACUAUUCCAAAAUAUCAUUCUAUUUUUAGAAACAGAACUAGAGAUCUUAUCAAUUUCACACCUUUUAAGGGCUACUACGUGGGUGUGUGAUUCAUUUCCUCCUCCUCCUCAAAUACAAUAAGUAUAAGUUAAUAGUCUCAAAUUGAUAGGCGGUGCCAUUCUGUUCCAACGCAAACUGCCUUGAUAGAAUUGCAUAGUGUUCAAGUUUUUAGUGCCUUUUUGCAAGCUCUAAAAAGAAGUUGAACCUUUUUAUUAGGCUGAUUGAGACAAUCUAAAGUAAAGCGUCGUCCCUUGUGACGUUGCCGACAACCGGCAGUGUUGCAAUAAAAAGUUAGUAUUUGACACUUUGAAACUUCCGUGAAAUAACUGUACACGUCAAGCCAAACGUGUGUUACCGGAAAAGUUAAUCCACUUAUCUAUUUUCAAAUGUUCGUACUCGUUUCGUUUCACUGAAAGACUGUCCUCCCCUCCAGACUCGGACGCCUUGACGUAACAGCUUGGUCCUUCGGCUCCGCCCAUUUUCCCAACUUUCCGUCUCUCUCUCCUCCUUCGUUACUUUAUGGUUUUUGCGUUUGGCCGCCCCGCCACAAUGUGCUGCUUAUCAUGCUGCAAUGAUUCGCUGGCACCGAUGACGGUGUCUGGUUUUUUUUUGCCAUUCGCAUUAUUAUGAUGAUGAUGAUGAUAGUUGUACUGUUUUUCGUAUGCACAAAAUGAGACCAAACGUAGUGUCGCUCCAUAAAUUAUUGUUAUCACUCGCACAUUGAUACAUUCUGACGCUUUCUCCAAUAUCAGGCAUAACAAUACAAUAUUUUCUAAUUAAAGCUCAUUUCUACUUUGCACCCCACUAACUAUCACACUUUAACAAUUUCAGAUCAAGGAGGUUAAACAGAAAGUGGAGAACAUAUUCAAGUUCACCAAAGCACCGGAAAUGUCGCCUCCACAGGAGAAUCAGCGAUCGCCAAUCAGUUAUGCCACCUACAACAUCAAUAACAAGCACGCAAAGGCACCAAGACAGGCGCUUUUUGAAAUUUCGCUGAACAAUGGUGUGGGUAAGUGUGUAAAACGGUCCACUCCGCCUAAUUUUAUAGCCCUUUGUCGUUAAACGUGUGAUGUUCCUUCCUGUCUUGUUUUGUCCUUUCGUCGCAACGUUCAAGUGAGUGUGUAAGGUACUAAAGUUCUGCUUUAAAAGUGAAUUGCAAAGUCAGUCCCUUUAGACCGACCGCACGCAAAGUCAAUAGAUGUCCUUCCCAAAAGUAUAUGCAAAUUAUGAGAGUUCCUUAUCAUUUUCUCCUUCUUCCAGCCUUUUCCAAUCUUUUCAACGUUGCUUUCUGACCUUCAUUGUUUUUGUUUUUCGAGCCCGUACGUUCAUGUCCUUUAAUACCGCCUCAAAAAACCAUCUUGUUGUCAGCUGUCGUCCUAAUCUUAUUAGUGCUCCGUUUUCAGGCUUGAUGCCAGCAAAGCAAGCGGGUUUUAACCGCGUGCUGGACGGUCUGAAAAGGCGUCAGCUGGAGCACGACUUCCAGCUGGACCGCGCCGCCGAGACCUACAAACCUGUACAGAACAUCGGCUCCGGAGCGUUCGGAAUCGUUUGUGAGGCGAUCGAAACUUCCAGUGAAGACAGGGUAAGACACGACCCCCCAAAGAACAAAGUUACAGUAAUUUUUUCAGGUUGCCAUCAAAAAAGUCGCCCAUGCUUCCGCCACACCCACUCUUGCAAGACGUACUCUCCGUGAAAUCCGCGUGCUCCGUUACAUCAACCAUCCAAAUAUUGUGACUCUCCGUGACAUUUUCCGCACAAAAGGACCGCUUGGCAUUGAUGUCUAUCUUGGUGAGUUGGUAGUAGGUUCGGAAUUGUUUACGACAUGACCGAUUCAAUUCGUGAAGCGCUUUUGUAUGUUAUCUAUAGGUUUUUCGUCGAAUGAUAAAAAUAGUACAAUGAUCAGUAAGCACGUGAAUGAGGUUUUUCAGUGAUGGACUUGAUGAACAACAACUUGCACCAUAUCAUCUAUGGAAACGAGGAUCCAUUCGAAGAAGACAUCCUUGUCCAUUUUCUAGGACAACUGUUGCGAGGACUAGAGGUACGCACACAUGAUACUGUUUUUCAUUUUUCAAGUUUGCACAGACGGCCUAUAAUCAUUUCUUCGAUAACACUAAUCAAAUAUUCUUCUCCUUUCAAGACGCCAAAAGUGUACUAUACGAAAGUAAACAUAUGAUUAUUAUACAUAAGGAAAAGAGCCUCCCCUCUUUUUUUUUUUUUGAAAGAGAAAAGCGAGAGAACUAGAGGGAAAAGGAGUGACGUCUGCAGUAGUGGCGCCGGUCGUAAAACAUUUGAAACUAUUGUCUCGGGCGGAAACUGAAACUGAAAAUGAAACUGGGAACAGAAAACAAUUUCAGUAUCUGCAUGCGGCAUGCAUCGCGCACCGAGAUCUCAAGCCUUCCAACUUGCUGGUCAACCUGGACGGAACCCUUCGGAUAGCGGAUUUCGGAAUGGCUAAGUGCGCGGAUAACAGUGCCAAGAAGCAUGACGACGAGGAGCACUGCUUCUACAUGACCCAACACGUCGCCACUCUUCCCUACAGAGCUCCAGAGCUGCUGUUUGUGCUCCCGGAGCACUCGACGGCUGUGGAUAUGUGGGCGGUCGGAUGCAUUUUCGGAGAAAUGAUCAUCAGAAGUGAACUGCUGCCGGGGAGAAGUGUGCACGGACAGAUCAAGUUGCUGCUCACGGUGCUCGGACAACCACCGCAGUACGUGAUCGACAAGAUUCGAUGUGAUCGCACCCGGAAGUUGAUUCAAGACUUUGGAAGGAAAACAGAUGCCGAGUGGGAUGAUAUCAUGUACUGCCAGGCGAGAGGAGAUCAGGUAUCCUAACGAUAACCUGAUCUGGUUUACGAGAAUUUCAAACGUUACAGCAAAUUGUUCGCGGAAAUUGUGACGCCAUCGAUUUUGUGAAACAACUUUUCCAGUACGAUGCCGAAAAGCGGAUGAACAUUCGAGACGCUCUCCGCCAUCCGUACAUUGAGAACAGGAUGCAGAGACAGCCAGCUCAAGCCGUGUGCCCGUUCAAGGUAUUUUAGAUCACAAUUUAGUCAAGAGAAAGUGUUUUUUUUAGGUAAAAAGUGACAUGAUACAAGUGGAAGACUUGAGCCAUCCGCAGCUCAUUGAGACCCUUCAGCAGGACGUCAGAUCAGCGGAUAACACUUACAAGGAGAUUCAUUCUGGAGGUAACACCAUUCUCUUUGCCCAAAAGUGCUUAACUAACCAACACCUCACGCGUGUACGUGUACCAUCCACUAACUCCUUAAUUUUCCACAGGUUACAACAGUUGGUCCGCCGGACGAUUCCAAACCGAACGCGAGAUGGAAAUCAGCGGAAUGUCCAGAGAAUCGUCAAGCUUCUACCAGGAUUCUUCGUAUACUAACGGGUGCUUAACUUUUUUGUUCUCGUUUUGGUUUUAACAUCACAUUUUCCCUAUUUCAUUCCCAAAUUACAUUUUAUUUUUUCAGAUUCAACCGGCAGCAACAGUUCGGAUAUGUCAGCGGACACCAGCGGGGAAUUCUAUCCGCCAGUUGCCGCGCAUGA